ACUGGCAGCCGACUAGUCGAAGUGCAGCAGUAGUCGCCAACGGACGUGGACGUGGGCGCACUGAAAUUUCCAUACGUAAUCGCAAUCAAGUGACAUCACCAUGAGCUCACCGCCCCAGCUGCUGGCCCUGAGUGUUCUGCUGGCCAUCUGCUCCCUGGGCCAGGGCCAGUUCAAGACGGCAGGCAUCAAGACACGCCAACCCCCGUCGGGCAACCUCCAGCUGUCCGGAAACGCCACCGAUUUCAACCAAAGCGGCUUCAACUGGGGCAGCUACAACCAGAGCACUUAUGGCUGGAACAGCCAAAACCAGAGCAAUUACGUCUGGAGCAACCACAACCAGGCUGGAUCCAGUAACUUUGUUCCGGCGGAAACAUACCAACCAUCCACCCUACCGCCUCUUUAUGGGCACUAUGUCCAGCCUGUGACUGUUCCGGCUAAUCGCCGACCCCAAGUCCUCGACGAAACAGCGCUGUUCAUCAAUAGGACCAGAUCUGGGAUGGCCAGCGGCAUCUGCUUCAAGGAAGUUCCCACCGCUUCGCUCCUGCGCAACUCCCGCGACAAGUUCGUGGGUAACGGCACCACUCCGGACAUGAGUCGCAUCGAGGUCUGCUGCGAGGGCUACGAGCGUAAUCCGCACAUCUACCGCCGCUGCGAACCCAUCUGCGCUGACGACUGUCCCAACGGCAUCUGCACGGCGCCCAACACCUGCGUCUGCAUUCCCGGCCAUGUGCGUACCGCCGAGGGCAAAUGCAUCUCCACCUGCCCGCUGGGAUGCGGCAACGGGGUGUGUGACGAGGCCAACGAGUGCCGCUGCCGCGAGGGCUACUCGCUGGAUCCGGAGACCCGCAAGUACUGCCAGCCGGAGUGCCGCCCAGGAUGCGCCUUCGGUCGCUGCGUCGCCCCCAAUAAGUGCGCAUGCCUGGAGGGCUAUCGCCUAGCCGCUGACGGCAGCUGCGAGCCGGUCUGCGACAGCUGCGAGAACGGCAGGUGCACUGCUCCCGGCCACUGCACCUGUAAUGGGGGCUACCUCAAGCUGCAGGGCCGCUGUGAGGCCAUCUGUACGAUACCCUGCAAAAACGGACGUUGCAUUGCGCCGGACGUCUGUGAGUGCGCCUCCGGGUUCGAGUGGGACCGCAAGUUGGCCGAGUGCCAGCCCAAGUGCGACAUUCCCUGCCUCAACGGCGUCUGCGUGGGCAACAACCAGUGUGAAUGCAAGCCGGGCUACGUGAGGGACGAGCAUCAGAGGAACAUCUGCCAACCCCACUGCCCCCAGGGAUGCCAGAACGGCUUCUGCAGCGCUCCCAACUUCUGCAUUUGCAGGCCGGGAUUCACCAAGAGCGGCAUCAAGGGACGCCAAACCUGCCAGGCCACCUAAGCAACCGUCGGACGCAGGCAUACUUAAAACUUGCAAUCUUUAUUGUUUUUACUCAGGUGAAAUUAAAGAGACGCCCAAUGAGGGCAUUGAACUCGUAA